UCAGGUGAGGCUCCACCCGCUGCUGUGCUGUGUGCUCUGACCUGGGUGUUCUCUCAUCACACCAAUGAACAACCGUUUCCUCCCAUGAUGCACUGGGGGAGCAGCGUGUCGUACAGAGCUGCCGUCUGCUCUGAGUGAAUCACCCUGAGCCUGUUGUUGUCUCAGUCAGACUGAGGAGUCACGGUGGAGCUGUCUGGUCAUGUAGUGUGUCGGUUUGAUUCUUCAGGUCUCGCUGCCGCUCAGCCGUCAUCACUGUGUUGCGGCGGCGAUGUUCCGGCGCAGGAAGAAGAGGCGCAGGCCAGAGAUCUCGGCACCGCAGGACUUCCAGCACCGCGUCCACACAUCAUUCGAUGCCACCUCAGGACGCUAUGUGGGCCUGCCACCACAGUGGCAGAGCGUCAUUGACACGCUGAGGAGACCGCGCCCCCUGGUGGACCCGUCCAGGAUCACUGAGGUCGAACUCAGGAAGACGAUUGUUCGUGGCAGUUUUAUCGGUCAUGGCGAUUACAUCUCUCACGUGAUCUCCGAGAUGAGCCGUCUGUCCGUCAGCGGCUCCAACUCUCUGCGCCGUAGCAGCCCGUCGGCACGGAAACGAGCCCGGUCGCUAGGUAAACUGGGAGAGCUGGUGGAGGACGAGUCGUAUGAAUAUGAGGAGCUAAAUCGCAGAGGUGAUAAGGAGGAUGGGAGCUCCACCUACUGGCAGGACAGGAUCCGGCAGGUCCGCAGCGAUAGCAGCAGUCCCAGACUGAAUGGAGCCCUGCAGAGAGCCAAGUCCAUCUGUGGGGAGGGGACUCUGUCUCAGGUCAUGCCCCGAACACCUGUGGAACCUCAGAGGACAGGUGUGACGGGCUCGCUGACUGUGCAGUAUGCCCAAAGCGAGGGAGCAGGACUAAGACAGAGGCCAACUUCCUGUCAUCACAACCUGCAGAUGUUGGAGACCAACAGCAGACCACACCUGAGACCGAGACCAGCGGCCAAUCACCUGCCUGACCUGCUCUCCUCCUCCAGAGAAACUCCCAGAAGGCCUCACUCCUCUUACGACUUCAAGCUGACGUCCCCCUCCUCCCCCCUCCUGCUGCCCCCACCCAACAGCACCAGCAGUCCCCUAAUCACAGGUAGAAGCUUCCCUCAGCGCCCGCUCCGACAUUCCUCCAGCUUCAACAUCGGACUAUCUCCAAAAAUGCCAAGCCCCCUGAAUCAGGAUGGCCUAUCCAAGCCCCGCCCCUCCCCCACGGGUUCCCCAGGACAUCCCCCCACCCGGCCCUGCCCCACCUCCGCCCAGCCGACGGUACCUGAUGAAGGCGUGAAGGUGACUCAUGAGCAGUUCAAGGCAGCAUUGCAAAUGGUGGUGGAUCCGGGAGACCCGAGGACAACACUAGAGAACUUUGUGAAGAUCGGGGAGGGGUCCACAGGUGUCGUCUGCAUCGCCCGAGAGAGACACAACGGGCGACAGGUGGCAGUGAAGAUGAUGGACCUGAGGAAGCAACAGCGCAGAGAGCUGCUCUUCAACGAGGUGGUCAUCAUGAGGGACUACCGGCACCAGAAUGUGGUGGAGAUGUACCGCAGUGCUCUGGUGGAGGAGGAACUCUGGGUAAUCAUGGAGUACCUGCAGGGUGGCGCUCUCACCCACAUCGUCAGUGAAACCAGGCUGAAUGAGGAGCAGAUAGCGACAGUGUGUGAGGGCGUCCUGCAGGCGUUGUCUUACCUUCACUCUCAGGGAGUCAUUCACCGGGACAUCAAGAGCGACUCCAUCCUGCUCACUCUGGACGGGAGGAUAAAAUUGUCAGACUUUGGUUUCUGCGCUCAGAUCAGUGAAGACGUCCCUAAGAGGAAGUCUCUGGUUGGGACUCCAUACUGGAUGGCCCCUGAGGUGAUCUCCAAAACCCCAUAUGGGACUGAGGUGGACGUCUGGUCUCUUGGCAUCAUGGUGGUGGAGAUGGUGGACGGAGAGCCACCAUAUUUCUGUGACACGCCCAUCACGGCAAUGAAGAAGCUGAGAGAUGAAGCAGCACCAAGUGUGAAGAACAUCCAGAGGGUGUCUCCAGUGUUGAAGGACUUUCUCAGCUGCAUGCUGACUCGUGACACGCAGCAGCGCUCCAGCGCUGCCGACCUGCUCAAGCACCCGUUUAUGCUGCAGGCCGGCUCGCCGCGCUGCCUGGUGCCGCUGGUAGAGCAACACCGCAAACGGAUGUCACUUUGCUGAACACCUGAAACUCACCUGAGACACAGCCGAGAUACUCACCAGAUCAUACCUCAUACUGCCAGAGUACUCGGGAUAUGUUCAGUUCAGUUUCUCAUUGGUUGCUGUGUACUGUGAAAUCAGGACAGCAGGAUGCAGACUGAGCUGCUGCAACCUGACAGGUUGUGAACUUUGACCUCCAGCUGUAGGACGGUUUGUUGGUUUCCUGAAGCCGCUGAUUUCACCUGAAAACUCACCUCUCACCUGAGAAGAGGAAGCGAUCAGGUAAUGGUCAACCUGUUAAAAUAGCAUCCAGAGAAGCACCAGGCUUUGAAGCCAGUCCAGCAUAGUCUGAAACUGUGAAAUUACAAAGUCACGUGAUGCACUCCGGACCGAAAAGACUUUUCCUAUAAACUUACACUGUACAAAGGUAAUUAAUGUUCAAGUUAGCGCAGGGCUGAACUGACCAUUGGGGUUUUGGUCGGUGGGAGUCCCUGAGCUCAAGAUCUGUUCAAUUUCAUACUUGGGAAGUAUGAAUCGAGUUUGCUCAGAUUUAUCUAUGAAUAAACGGAUACGCCGCUUCCUGGUUGACCUUCUGUGCUGAAGUUUUUAACAGUGAAAUGAGGCCUUUUAAUAUUUUAACAUUUCAGGUUUCCAGAAGUUGAAGAUGCUUUCAUUUUGUUACAAACACAUCCUGUUUCCAUGUUUUUGUUUGGGAUUAUUUUCCCAGAAUGUUGUUGUGUUGAUGGUGAAUGAUUGAAAAGUUGUUGUUUUUUGGAAUUAUUUUGAAAACUUGCACAGUUUUACACAGAAUGUAACUUUUUUGCACAUGUUGUUUAAAUAGUUAGUUGUUUUCAAUAGUUAAUAAAACUAUUGUGUUCAUGUCUCCUCUUUUGAACCAUUUCUCUGGUCAUUACGAGCUCCAGUUGUCUGCGGAGUGAUGAGUACACGGUUAGGGGUCACAUUAUCAUAUUUAGGUUAGUUUCUUAUUUUUUGUUUUGUUUUAAAUGUGCAGCUCUGGGAUCAGUUUAUCAGACUGCACUCAGUGACUCUGAUAACAUGAAGAUGAUCAGCUGCUAUUUUAACAUCUGUGUGUGUGUGUGUGUGUGUGUGUGUGUGUGUGAACAGCGAGUCACACUCAACACUCUUCAUCUGUUUUACGUCAGAAAAUUCCGAUGGUCCCGGAAUUGAAUCGAAGUGAAAACUCCGUUAAAGGUUUAGUUCACCUAAAAUACCACAAGCUUUUUCCACCCUACAGACGUCCAUGUACAGUAAAACAAAGAAACUUUUUAAAUUUGCAUCUGUUUUAUGGACUGUAGCAUCAUGUAAAAGAAAUAAGAGAAAUAAAACUAUUUUACAUGACACGAAGAAAACAUUUUAAAAGCUUAAAUGUAAAAUCUCUGUAUUUGAUAUGAAAUGUUGAUUCUUCUGAUUGUUUGUGUCCUCAGAUGUUACAGACUGUAUUUAUUGUUAAUCCUUAAAACAUAAUGAGUGAA